UCCUCCUUUCGCGCUAGGCUCAGGUCUACGUCUUCUUCAUCAUCACGCCGUACUGUGGUUUCAGGCUCGUUCAGGUACAAGAACAGGGAGCCGGCACAGCGCAGACAAGAGGAGAACCGAGCCCUAGCGGUUACCAAUCGCCAUGGCCUUCAUUACAACCGCAAUCAGCCCGGUCUUGUCACUGUAUGCCAGCAAAGCCAUGGCCUGGUCAUACACCCGAUACUACAGCCCGUCUACACAUCCCAUAAAUAAGACGCCGAAAUACCACGAGGUUCAACCGUUCGGUUCCGUCUCAGCCACCCAAACCGAUGUCACCACCGGGCAGUACAACCAGUACGGGGGCUUCCUGGAUAACGAGGUCACCAUGAACGUGACGGUGACCAAUAUCUACUUGGCCUCCGGCAGCGCCUCGGCCUGCAAGACUGGCGAGCCCUGCACAGCCGCGGGCACCACCACAAACAGCGAGGAAAUCGACACGAGCAUCUACGCCCCCAUCGUCGUCACCAACGAGCCCUCAUGCACCCUCACGAGUUACAGCUACACCACGUCCGGGGCUGGCAUGCCAGGCCCCGUGACCUCGGAUCUAUUUGACUGGAUCUACGACAUAUGGGAUCAGGCGACAGACAGGUGGCCUGAGGGCCCCACCCUGGCUGUCUCGACGUACGACGUCACCCUUCGCGCCAAGCUCGGCGGGCAGGCCGUCACAACCAAGCGGUGCGACAUCUUCCUCAAGCCGGGCCAGCUCAACGGCCUGGAGAUUGACGAUAACCAAAUGAGCGAGUGUGUCGACCCGCGCCUCUUCGACUUCUAUUAGGGGCCGGCUUGUUGCCCUUGUAAUUGAUGGUGUAGACGCAAUGUACAUAUCCUUCAGGGACGUUUGACGCCUGAUGGGAAGGCGAUGGGGUACGAUCUCCUGAACUUCGUACUCGGGAGGUAGCGUUGCGUGGUGGAUUUGUUUUCGGAAGCAUCUGAGUGUGCAUCCUCAUCUU